GACUGCGGACACAGCACAGGAGACGGCCAGAGACUGCGGACAUACAUACAGGAGACGACCAGAGACUGCGGACACAGCACAGGAGAGACGACCAGAGACUGCGGACACAGACAGGAGACGACCAGAGACUGCGGACACAGCACAGGAGACGACCAGAGACUGCGGACACAGUACAGGAGACGACCAGAGACUGCGGACACAGUACAGGGGAUGACCAGAGACUGCGGACACAGUACAGGGGAUGACCAGAGACUGCGGACACAGUACAGGAGAUGACCAGAGACUGCGGACACAGUACAGGAGAUGACCAGAGACUGCGGACACAGCACAGGAGAUGACCAGAG